UGUUUUGAUGAACCAAAAAUGUUUGCUAGAGUAUCUUUCUCAUAUUUUUGUCGAAUCCGUCCGGUAUUAUUGUAGCGAUAACCUUGUCAUUUUAACGGCGUAUUAUGAUGUGAAAAGGUAGUGGAGAAGAUUCUACUGCCUGUGUUAAUUUACAAAAAAUAUGUCCAGCUUUUGCAUUGACAUGUAGGUUGAUGAUGGCAUCGUCCCGGAGUAGGCCUAAGGGCAUUUUGAAGGCUUAACAAGCACAGCAACACUUCGAAAAUCGCGCGAUAUCGUUGAAGCAACAUGGCGCUUCUCGACGACACCAAUGGUAACACAGCGGGCGUGCAUAAUGCGAGCAGUGAUCAGACCACGGGCGAGGCGGGCAUACUAGCGGGAACUGGAGGCUCUGUAGUCGCCGCACUGCACUCCCCUUCCAGUGACGAUCUCAGCCAAAGCCUAUCUGAAUACACAGAUGCAGACGAAAGCAUUUCAGCCCCAACAGAGCUGCUAGCUGAGUUUCUAUCUGCCAUUAUGAUACGGGACUAUGUGAACGCCCUUAGAUACUGCAAACAAAUCUUAGAGUACGAACCAAAUAAUGCAACGGCGCGAGACUUCUACCCCCACAUCCUGUCCAAGAUUGAUGCGGGACAUACUCACGAGCAGCUGUCUUGUGAAAGCGAUGAAAAUGACAAUUGCAACUGUAAUUCGCCUCUCGGUUCAUCAUCAUCCUCAUCAUUGCGCUUGUCCCGUUCUUCUUCAUCUUCCAACGAUACUGAAUCCUCGUCCACUGAGUCCUCAUUUUCGUCAUCAGUCUCUUCUCCGGAUUCCUCUGUUUCCUGUUUAGUCAGCGAACGUAUUGAAGAUCCAGAUUUGGUUAGCAUGGCGUGCAGCAGUGACGAAAGCAACAGCAGAGGGCCGGGAAUUUCGCUAUCAGAGUCUGGUUUAAACACAAAUGCACAAGAAGGUAAAAGACCCAACAAGCAUGCGGGGACACAAAAUUUCUCGCAGUCUCGCUCAUGUCGCAGUUUGGAUGUUGAAUGCGAUCAACUGCCUACAUCAGUGAGUGAGAACAACACAUCUCAGUCUUACUCUAGUUUGAUACUAGAAGAGGAAGAAAAAGAUCUCACGCUAUCGGACUUAUCUAAUCCCAACAACGAGGAAGAAAAAAUGGCCAAAGGCGACUCUACAGAAAAAGGAUCUCUGUACCGAUCGAAAAAUCAAUCUGCGCUACAAAUGGUUAGCGAAUCAUUGGCCAGCAAUGUUAGUGGAUCAGCUUCCAUCUUCGCUUCGCGAUUGAUGACAACACUACGCCGCAAGAUGAUUGCUUCGCGGAAAGAGGAAGCACCGAUGCUAAAUACUGAGCCAAACAAUUUUAAGAAACAAACCAAUUCUUUAGAAGGAAAACGGAAAUGAUUGGUACAACCUUAGCUGUUGCAAGCUUCUGUUCAAUAAUUCUUUUAUAUUUAUUUCAUCCUUUGCUUAUACCAGAUCACAUUUAUGUUACACAUUUAAGCAUUUAGAAACAAGUUCAUUCGUUCGCUUUGUGGGAUUAACGUUCUGAUAUUCAUAACCCGCAAUUUCUGCAAUUUCAAUUUAUUAAUAAAAGAAUAGAAUCCUAAUUAGUAAGAUAAAUAGUCAUCAUCCAUAAUUAAGGGAUCAAAUAGAUAUUUAUGAUCUAGGAAAGGACAAAGAUGUUUCAAGCGAGCCAUCUCAUCCGUUUUAUUUUAUUAUUUUAAUUUAUUAUUUAUUAUAUUAUUUUAAUGAUUAUAUCUAGUCACUGUAGUUCUAUUCUAAGCAAUGUGAGUGUCCUUGUCCCUAAACGCACAGCUGUGCAAUAAUGGACGCAUAGGGUUGUACGAUAUUCAUCGUAUGAUUUAUGAAGAAAGUAUGUGUUGAAUGGUCCCAUUUACAGCUGCAGUAAAUUUGAAUGCUGCGGGAUCAUGGCGUAAAACCGAGUUGCUGUUGUUUAUUAAUGUGUACAUUAUUCUAAAACAAUGAUCUUAUGUGUGGGUAAAUGUUAUGAUAGAUUUAAACAGUAAGAUACUAUCAUGUGUGUGAAGCUGUUCUACAUAUAUUCUUCAAAAAUAAAUCUCUUCAG